GAAGAAGAAGAAGACGGUAGUUCUGUGGAAUGUGUGCUAUUCAGCUGCCGAGUGGACAGUUUUUGCGACUCCUCCAGUGUUUUGUGAUUAUGUAACCUACAGACAGAGUUGUCACUGAAGAAUUGGGACGUCACCGGACACUAACAUGUCCAUGUUUAGUACGGGCAUACUUGUCCUGACCUCCCCUCUCCACACCCUGCCCCUGCGCAUUGCCCCGGUACUCAGCUCAGCCGCCCAGGUUGUAGAGCGCACGCUGUAUGUGCACCUUCAUCCUGGACUGAAUUUGGUAAAUGGGAGUCAGUCCCGCCCCAUUUUCAUUCCACCGGUUGUCGACCUGUCUACCCUCAUCGCCGGCCUUUACAGCAAUGCAGCCAACAUAUGCGCAGACCUGGAUGUCUGUGUGUUGGUGACCAACAUCAGCAGUCAGGCAGCUACCACGAUUCCAAACUGCCCCUUCCCCACUCCGCAGCAUCUGUCUCACUCUCCAGAGGUGGUGUUAACAGACUUUCCUCUGCAGGAUAGAGGUCAGUCCCAGCAGGUGAAAUGGUGCCUGCAAAAGUACACCGGCCAGUGUUACUUCUGUAGCCCCAGUAUAGCCUCUGUGCUGCUUCAACCACAGCCAGCGAAACUGCAGGAGGACAGGCAGAAAGGUUGUGAAGAACAAUCAAAGCCAUUGGAGACAUUCAAAGACGUGGUGGUUGGAGGGACAUUUGAUCGGCUCCAUGGGGCUCACAAAGCCCUACUGAACAUGUCAUGUGUGCUAGCCAACAGAAGGCUCCUUAUUGGUGUGUGUGACCAAGGAAUGCUGAAAAAGAAGGUACUGAAAGACCUGAUUGAGCCCUACGACGUGCGAGUGCAGAGAGUACAGGAGUUCCUACAUGAUGUCAGACCCUCUCUGCAGGUGGAGAUCGUGCCCCUUGAUGACCCAUUUGGAAAAUCUGUGAUCGACCCCCUGCUGCAGUGCAUUGUUGUUAGUGAGGAGACACUGAAGGGAGGCGAAGCUGUGAACAAAAGCGCGUUGAGAAUGUAA